AUGACAUUUUGUCUCAAAUGGUGCAUGGAUUCAGUUUGUAAACACUCAAAUUCGCGAUAUGCUGCUUUUAUGGAAUUAUGGAACAACAAAUCCGGCACAUUUUUUGUCAAAAAAACUUCAAUUUGUUUGGGAAUGGAGAAUACUCCUACAAUACCAUACGAUAAGGAGUCGAGUGACUAUGAUCACGAGGAUAACAAGUCAUGGAUUUCUCAAUUCUGUAGUAAAAGUGAAAAUAGCUAUUUUGUGGAAGUCGACACUGAUUUUAUAACGGAUGCAUUUAACCUCUACGGGAUUAACUCCGAAUUUCAUCUAUAUAGACAAGCUCUUAAUCUCAUCUUAGACAGACAAAACUUUGAGGGCAUGGACUCGGAUAUUGACGAUGACGAGCUUCAAGCAAAUGCGGAGUGCAUUUAUGGGAUGAUCCACGCGCGCUACAUACUGACUGCACAAGGAUUAGACGCUAUGCUCCAAAAAUUUAAAGAGUGCACAUUCGGUACAUGUCCUCGCGUAUACUGUAACAAUUAUAACCUUCUUCCAAUCGGCCUAUCUGACAAACCCGGAAAUGGAUGCGUCAAGCUCUUCUGUCCCUGCUGCAAAGAUGUUUACCACCCCCCUCUGGAUUACAGCCAUAUUGAUGGAGCGUUUUUUGGAACUACGUUCCCUCACAUUUUCCUAUUGGCUUACCCGGAGUACAUAACCAACGCGAAGAAGCUAUUCCAGCCAAAGAUUUAUGGGUAUAAGAUUCACGAAUCAAGGUAG